UUUACCGUAGAUGUCGGUAGUUGGUCAUGCUGAUUGUCGCGUCAUCUACUAACAUUUUGAGGCAAUUUUUAUAUGCGGUUAUGAAAGCACCAAAGUAACAGCGUCUGAUCAAAAAUGACCUUAAUCAUAACCCGUUUGUAAUUUUCUGUAAUAGUAGUCAUCAGUUUUGUCAAUAUAUACCAAUAUGCCUUCUUUGAUGCGAGUGGAAUCAUUCAGUGUUUACAAAAUUGCCAUAGACAUUUCAUUCACGCAAUGAAAAAUAAAAAAUGAAAACAAAUAAAAGAAGUAAUGGAAACAAUUGGGCGACAUCUUCGAAGUCCUUAAUCCUUUAUUAUAAAUGAGAUGAUAUAAUGACCGGUGACGCAGGGGUAACGGACUCGGCUUUCAUCUAGCCACACCAAGGGAGCCGUUCUAUUGAUCAGUAAAAAUAAUAUUGGAGUCCAGUAUCGGCGAUCGAUCAUCGUAUUAUAUAAUUUAUAUUGAUACCUGACACUGAACUCAAAUAUUAUGUUUAAUGAUUAGUUAAACAUACAAUGCGCAUGUUGUAUUAAUCCAGAUAUUUAUUUUGUGAUCAAUAGAAACGAGGUCCUGUCCUAUUAAUGUAAGAGUAGGGAACCUGAAGUUGUCAUUAACAAUUGAAACAGUCCUCACAACUAUUGUACACAGACUAGGCGGUGUAACGCUGAAAAUGAACCCCUUGGAAAUUGAUCGUUUAGUUUUCAACGUUGAAUAUGAACCCUGAAUUCUGUUGAAAAUGUGUCGUGUCGUUGAAAAAAUACAGCUUAAAAGGUUAAUUGUCAGCGGAUUUUGUGUAAACAAAAUGAGGUCAAGGACGGUGCCUACGAAUGAUGGGACCAUUCACAAGGGUUUUUGAAGUGUUAUGCCAAUGAAAUGCCUCCCCUGUAUUCGCUAGUGUGAUACACCACCUGGUUACAUUAUACUGACAACGGAGGAAACACUAUUACCAUUAACUUUAAAGCUGAAUGUCAAGCAGACAACAACGAGUUUAUAGACUUUGCCUUGUCUCGAAGCCUUCCUCAAAGGGACAGCCUCAACCAAAAGUCGAAACUGAGAAAGUGUCAAUGAAGACAUAUGGACAAAAAAAUGUUUAGAGAGAAGACAUGAUAAUGUGCCAUCAAUCAGCAUCAGAAAUGCUAUGUGCGCGAAUAAUUAUGCCGUCACGAAUUUGUCAAAUGUGAUGUCAAUAAAAAAGUGAAGGACUGAUAGAAUCUAUUACAUCUCUGUCGAGGGCUGAUAUUCUGUUACAAACUACCUCAAUAUUAGUCCCUCGUUUACAUAAAGCAUAAAAAAAAUCUUAGGCAUGUCCGUUGUAUUUACCCCGAGAGGAUGUCCUUUAUAAACAUUUGUAUACAUUCAGAACCUCGAUAUAAUGGUAUGAGACAACCUAAGUUUCGGCAUUGAUUACCGAUUGUUUAUUACCAAAUAGGUUCGAUUAUUUCAGGUAUUUAAUGAAUAAUAAGAUAGCGAGUCUUCUACAGAAUAACAAUAACGUCUACUGCCCUAUAUUCUUCCCAAAAUCUUCCUUCCGCUGACUGACUGUGAAUGGAAUCCCGCUGAUUGGAUGAUCCAAUGGAAUCCCGCUGAUUGGAUGAUCCAAUGGAAUCCCGCUGAUUGGAUGAUCCAAUGGAAUCCCGCUGAUUGGAUGAUCCAAUAAAAGGCUGAGAUACUUGGAAGUAUCCUGCUGAUCUACGUCCAUAGUUAGAUGGGCUGACCUUAUUUAUAAAGGUCUACAGUAGCCUUCGUCGUGGUCAGUGAGAUGAGACGAAACAAAACAGCACUGGUCCUUAUAGGACUGGGUAUCGGGCUGUCUAUUCUCGUAACAAUUCUAAACAAAGAGGGGAAUACAUCGACUUUACAAGAUGCGUCGUUGAGUGGAAGUUUGUUGCGUGACUGGUCACCGCAAAACAAAACAGAAGGAAAGGAGAGAAUCACUUCUACUUCCGCAGAGCUCGAGAAUAUUGAGAGAGUACAACGUCUCCGCCAGGGAUGUAAACUUGGUCAUAAUAGAAAAACGAUCGGAAGUCAACACUUAGACUAUCUUAUUGUUGACGAGAAAUACAAAACGGUAUUUUGUUACAUUCCUAAGAUUUCCUGUUCGCAAUGGAAGACGAUAUUCAUAACUUUGUCGGGAAAAGUUAAUUCCAGUAAGUUGAAUUUUGGAAACGUCCAUACUAAAUAUCAGGGUGUAAUGAAAUUCCUACGCAUGUAUUCACUGAAGGAACAACGACAGAUACUUAACAAAUACAAGAAAUACAUUGUGGUAAGAAACCCACUCGAAAGACUUUUGUCAGCCUAUAGAAAUAAGUUAGCUGGAAAAGGAAUACAUGACUAUACUUUUCGGAAAACUGGACAGGAAAUCGUAAAACGGUAUAGAGUGAAUGCAACCCGUGAAUCUCUUCAGAAUGGAGAUGAUGUGACAUUUUUAGAAUUCGUGAGAUACAUCACUGACGUGAAAACGAGACAUUUUAACGACCACUGGGAAAGGUAUACCAAGUUAUGUCGUCCAUGUCUCGUUAAAUACGACUUUGUUGGAAAAUAUGAGACUUUAAAUAGAGAUGCUGAUUAUAUUCUCAAGGAUAUUGGAGUACCACCUCAAAUUAGAUUCCCUAGAAGAUCGGAAAAAUACAGUACUGUAGAGACAAAGAAAACAUUUGAGACGUUUUAUUCACAGAUUCCAGCUGAAUAUAUACAAAAAUUAUGGAAUGUAUAUCGAGCUGAUUUCGAUCUCUUUGGGUAUUCGUUAUCCGAUCAUUUGAACGUAACCUCAAUUGCCGAAGCGACUUUAUUAUGAUUUUUGCCUAUCUUAGUGUAAGUAUGUCCCUGUGGACUUGGCAUUGUCUCGCAGAAAUUCAUAAAAAAGGUCCAUGUGUAUUUGAUUUCAUUUUAAUGUAGUCUAUUCUAUCUGGGAUAUCCUAGGUACAUGUAUAACAAACUUACUGACACAUGUAAAUAAUAAUAAUCAUAAUUUGUUUAUUAAUUACAAACUGUUGGCUCAUGUGUUUGAUGUGACAUAGUCAUGUCAUUUUCAAGUUUAAUUUGCCAAAUUAGAUAUGAACCAAACAACUGGUCCUGAAAUUCUUUUGUAAUUCAAAUAUAUUAAAGCAACAGGUAUAUAUGUAUGUAAACAAAGUUUCUACCACAAUAGCUGAGUGUUAUUCAACUCCCAAGGCAUGAAAUAAUCAUGACAACAGCUAAAAAAAAUUCAGUUUAUACCACACGUGGCAUGAACUCUAAAUGCGUUUUGAUUGGUUGACACGGUGAAAUUUGACCGGGACUAUUUUUUAAGCACGUGAUUCAAUGCUAUUUGAUUGGCACUUGAAGGCCGCUUCACGAUGUCUCGGAUAUCAUAACGCACAAGAUGUAGUUCGCAGUUGGUUUUGUUGUUUACUUGAAAGCAUUUAUAUCCUUCUAUCGAUUUGAAAGAAUAAUUUACUAAUUAUUUGUUAUGAUUUGUAAUAUUUACAGAUAUUUCCAAUAUUGUAAAUUUUGCAUAUCAAUUAGCGGCAUUUCAAUUGAGGUCAUAUCCUUACACCACACCUGAUUUUGUGAAAAGAACACGCGUUGACACAAACCAGGCCAAUUCAUCAUUAAAAUAGGUAACACAAACUCUUGGUUAAUUACAUAGUAUUUCUUUCACUCUCGUUAGUUAUUUUUUUGCAAAGUUACAAAACUCACUCGCUAAAAGUCGUGUUUUUGUAAUUUUUGAAAAAUAACUGACUCGAGUGAAAGAAAUACCAUACACAACAACCUUUUGUAACAUAUAUUUAACCACGUUUAGCUGGAAGAAAAAUAUGGAACUUUCCGUUUGCCGACUUAUUUAUGAAGUUAUGUUUCGAAGGAUCGUAUCAUAUUUGAUCCGUUUGAAUUCUUUGCUGAUCAUGUCAUUAACGGGCUAGUUAUAUACAACAAUCGCCGUUGUAUAUAGAUACAAUCAAAACUGCCUCAUAAACCCCGUUUUUAGCGAUUUCCUGUCUUCAGCAACCUUUUUUAUCCUCUCGAUGUAUCUUGCUAUAUUUUUAACUGUUUCAAGCGACUCCCUGUCUUACGGUACUAGCGACCAUGUUUUUAUCACCGCUUCAACCUGUGUUUAGCGACUUCGUUUACAGCCGAAACCGGAAAUAGAAUAAAAACCGUUGAAACAGGAAGUAAGUGAGUUGUGUGUACAAAAUGGCUAGGGUGUCAGUUUCUGUGUUCGAUAGCGAUAGGUUUGAUAUGGCCUUAAAGAGAGAGUUUAACACUUGGGCAAAACGCGGAGGCUGUCAAACUAACAGAUGCUGGUAGACUAGCUUUUAAGGUUGUCGAUGAGUUUUUUGGUGUUGGUAAAACGCAAAUCAAAAAUUUACGAAAGCGAAAAGCAGACUUUGAAAACAAUGUUACUUUGGAAUCCUAAAGAAAACGACAUGUAACAGGAAAAACAUGCUUUUUAAAUCAGUCAAAUAUCAAAUUUGUUUUGAUCAGUUCAAUGUAUUUACUUUUUAAGAGAGUACAUAGUAAACAUGAUAAAGAUACAGUGCUAUAGGUCCUUGUCUGUACCUCAGACUAUGAACAUAAAACAUUAACCUGCGUUAAGUGACCACCUGUCUCAUGUGACCUUUUUGACCGGUUCCCUUUUAAAGCCACAUAAGACAGGUUCGACAAUAUUUAUUUUUUAUUUGGCAUGACGUAUUUUUGUGAUAGAAAAGUUACCGCACGAGAUUUGUCUGAUCUUCAGAAUUAACGUAUAGAAUAAGAUGCAUAUAAAAUGAAUGCACAAGGACGUAGCACGAAUUCAAAAUCCACGGUCCAUAUUUUUAUAUUGUGAAAUGUGUUACAACAAUGAGAGUUAUCAAAGUGUUUCAUUUAUUGAGUUGCGUGUUCAGUAAUAGUAAUCAAAGCGUUUUAUUAGAUCACCUGAGACAAAUCGUCUUUUGACCGUCGUCGUCCGUUGUGUGUCGUUCGUUGUGCGUCGUCUGUUAGUAAACAAUUUACAUUUAAGACUUCUUCUCAAUAAACAAGAGGCCUAGAGACCUGAUAUUAGGCAUAACAUGUUGGGGGUAAAGGGCUAUCAAGAUUGUUCAAAUGUCAGAAGAGUCAGAUAUGCGAAAACAUUUGAAGGACUAUUUUUCAAUAACCAAGAGGCCUAGAGACCUGAUAUCGGGCCUAUAGCAUGCUAGAAUAAAGGUCUAUCAAGAUUAUUCAAAUGAAUACUAAUAAGUGACAUUGACCUUCAUUCAAGGUCACAUGUGUCAAAUAUACUAAAACUUUAAACCGACUUAUUGUCACUAACCAAGAAGCCUAUAAACCUGAUAUUGGGUCAAUAGCAUGCUGAGGUAAAGGGCUAUACCGAUGUUUCAAAUGAAUGAGCAUGACCUUGACCUUCAUUUACGGCCACCAUGCACAAAUAUGCAAAAAUCUUUUAAACGUCUUCUUGAGGCAACACACUUAGAAACCUGAUGAUCAUCUUGACUCAAAUUUAAGGUCAAGGGAAUCAAAUCUACCAAAAUAUAUCAAACCAGGAGACCGUUAAGGCCCAUUGGCCUCUUCUUUAUUGAGUAUGUAUGUUACAGUAAUGGUAGUCAAUGUUUUUUUUAUAUUUAUCGAAUGUGUGUGUUAAAUGUUUGUAAAUUAUUCUAGUGUUAUAUUCCACUUGUCAAUUGAUAUUUGUAUUUUGUAGAUAUACAUUAUUGUGAUUUAAUAUUUUUUUUGUAUUUGAAUUAUGUGAUUACUGAGACUGAAUACUGUAGCAACAUGUAUCAUCCCCGUGGUUUACCUGUUACCAUACCAUCGAUUCAAUACUACGCAUCGUGAUGGAGGAUUAAUAUUUUAUCUCAUUUCAUGCAUUGUGCAUUGUAAUGCAACAUGCUAGAAAUAACAUAAAAUUGUUAUCAGAUUUGUCAGUUUUUGAUGCUAUAAACAAUCUGUAUUUUUUGACAUGGCCUACAAACACUACAAAUGUAUGUAGUUAGUAUCAUUCAUGCGUUCAAAGCCGUUUUGUUAGAAUAAUGAUUUUUUCCCGGUGUGCAUAUAAAUUUGGGACUGAAGUGUUUGCUACGUUAGACAUUCAGGUAUAUACGGUAAUAAAGGAACGUGAAAAAGUAAAAAAAAAACCAAUUACUUAUCACCGAUAUUGUACAUGUCAGGUGGAAAAAUAAAUCUGUAUUUUAAAUGUAUUGUUAAAAAAUUUACAAUAUUUCAUAUUAUGAUUAAACAUAUAAAGGUGUUUCUUAUGGACUACAAAAGUAGCAUACACUCUUGAGGCCAUAUAAUUUUACCUUUCCUCGGCCUCAAUACUAAUCCAAUGGUAAUCUUACUUUCAAUAUAUGUUUUAAAUAAAUAAUUAUAUUGCAGCUGUGUGAAGCUGUCUCAACAUUCAGCAUACGACAUUCAACAUUCAGAAUUUGAAUUAUAACUUAGACAAAGGAAAGAUAACUCCUACGGUCUUAUUUAGACCUUCUUUUCGAUGUUAGGAUUAUCUCCCUUCCACAACAUUAUUUCCUGAGUGUAGAGUAUUAGAACAUAGUUUUAUGUAGAUUGUGCCUAUGUGUCAGUAGUAAUAAGUAUAAUAAUUCGUUUAUUUUCAAUAUUUCGAUUAAUGAUUGGUUAUUUUGGUUAUUUUUCCAUGCUUGGCUAAAGCGAUUUGCGCAAGUAUAUGCCCUUUUUAGUCCCAUGAGAUCUUAACGUCCAAUACACAUAAACAAUGUCUGUGGAAUGUUAUGUAUGGCCACAUACUAUAUAUUGCCAGAUGUUAAAACAUAAUACGGUAUUUUAGUAUGUUGUUAUAUGUUCAAUGUGUGUCAAUUAAACAUUUCUUCAUUUC